AUGCCGCUAUGCGGCGCUUUCCAAGUAGCGAUGACGUCAUCGUCGUCGGUCACGUGCUACAUUAAGACGUAUGACGUAGGCGGUGUGACGUACGGGUAUAAGAGUUUCCUGUUUAUCAAGAUGGCCUGCGAUAUUGUUGAACCGUGUCCACAGUCAAGAAUUAUCCCAGGAGUAUCUGUUGUUGGCGGCUCAAAAAUCACCGACCCAUACGUAACUACGGCUAGCGACUGCUUUCAAAAGUGUGGUACUACACCGGCCACAAGUAGCGGCAAUUUUGGCUGCUUUGGCUUCGACUACAACUAUAAUGAUAACUCGUGUUGGUUGCAUUAUAAUGAUAUAAGAUCUUCGUUGUUUUAUGCUAAUGAUGGCGUUGCUCACGUGACGUUCAACCAGCCGUGCGUCGUUUCUGUGGCUGCUACACCUGCUGCUGCCGCUACUACUACUACUUCGUCAUCGCUAUUAUCCUAUUACAGCCUGCCCAUCCUGGUCGAUAACUUCAGACGCGAGUCAAGUUGGUGGGACACGUGUAUUGCCAUUGAUUUUGACUCGAACACCUUCUCAUGCUGGGUUCACAUCGUCGGCGCAACUAAUACAACAAUCUAUUACAAACCCGGAGUGAAGCACGCCAACUUAAAAAGAUGUGGCGACGUCGGUGUCGCGACUGCUUUAACCACUCCCGUCGCUACUACUACGACUACAACAACUACUACUACGAUCACAAGGGUGUUUAUUGAUACUACUGGUGUUGUUGCUGCAACUACUACUGCUGCUUUUGCUGUUACUACUGCUGCUGUUGUAGUUACUACCGGAAGACCUGGAGCAAAUUGUCCAAACUACUCAACAAGCGGUGGGACUAGUUCUUUGGGCGGAGUUUUGCUGGUUGACAGAUCCGGCAUCCAAUCAUGUUUGGAGUACUGCCUGUCAAACGACGCCUGUGUCGGUUUCGAUUUCAAUUCCGAUACAAACCAGUGCUGGUGGCACGAUUCGAAUACGAUUAAGAAUCGAGUCGACUCGGGCUCGAUUACUCAGAUUAAAAUUAUCAAUAGAUGUCAGAACGGAAAUGGCAUCACCACGGCGUUUGUCGCUACUACUACUACUACCAGUACUACCACAACUACUACCACAACCACCACCACAACAACUACAACUACUACAAAAUCGCCAGGCUCACCCUGCCAACCGGAAUGGCAGACCCGGUCGGGGGUGCACUCAGCCGGGGCGGAUUUAACAACCCAUGUGACGUCAGAAAGCGAUUGUAUGACCUACUGCGUCGGUCUUCCGGACUGCAUGGGAGUUGACUACAAUUGGAAUGCGAAUCCCAACGAAUGUUGGGUUCACAAGGAUGCCAGAAACUUUCAGCGUGUGUAUCAGGAUCUCGCUGUAAAUCAAUAUAUCCUAACAAAGAGGUGCCCUAUAGAAACUGACUGCAAUGCUAAGUGGAUCAUUAACUACGGCUACUUCUCAUACGGUGGACGUCUAGACGACAGUCAGACGACGAUUGAAUCCUGUCUGAAGGCCUGUCUCGCCGGCUCAAACUGUGUCGGAAUUGAUGUUGACCUAUCGAACUUACUCACAAGCGGGCCGGCGCGUUGUUUUUUACACGAGAGGUCUCAAGACUUCGACAACAUCAUUCCCGACUCCAACACAGUCCAGUACCAGCUCUCCUCCAGGUGUCCAAUGCAGGAUCUAACAGCACCGUGCCAGAGGGUUUGGAAGAUAAAACAGGGCAUCCAAUCAGAAGGCAACAUUAAAAUGAGUGUGCCCAUGCUCUUACCUGAUUGCAUGAAGUACUGCCAAUCGUUUGCCACUUGCAUUGCCAUUGGCUGGAAUCCAUCCAAUAACGACUGUUGGGUUUUGAGUGACCCCAGUAAAGUUGACAAGACGUACACUAACUCGAUUCCAAAAAAUUUUCUCUACAUGCAGAUGGUAGCUAAGUGUGCACCUGGCAGUGCACAAAAUGGAGUGUGUGGCGGAUUGGGAGCUCAGCCGGGCCAACUCAACCCCCCUUGCAUGUCCUUAGAGCUUCCACCCAGGACCUGCCACCAAGAUAUUAUAUCCCUCAAAAACGACAACUAUGGGUCGUCUAUUAGGAGUAACCAGGAAGAUAAGCUUUGUAAUAAUUUUCCUUGCAAGUAA